CAAACAACACAACAACGAACGGGGGGUAUACCUGUCAUUAUACAGAUACGCUGGAGACUAGUUAUGGGCACGGGAGAAAGGCAGACCUGUGUUUAGUGAUGGGAUCAUCUCUGACUGUCACCCCUGCCUGCGAUAUCCCUGAGAUGGUAGGUGAGAGAGGACAGAAGUUGGUGAUAGUGAACCUGCAGUCGACACCCAUGGACCACCUCUGUGCUCUCAGGAUCUUUGCCAAGACUGACCAGGUGAGCAGUCUGCUGAUGAAGAAACUGGGUCUGGAGACCCCUCAGUUCCAGCUACGGAGAACUCUCAUCAUAUCAGCUACCUCCACCCCCUCAGGCCAUGUGGAGGUGGGCGUGGCAGGAGCCGAUGAUCUGGGCUAUCCCUUCUCGUUUGUGAAGGAGGUGACGGUGAGUGGAGGAGGGGAGAAGAUCAAGUGUUGUGAGGAGCCGUUCAAAGCCACAGUGGGCAUGGCCAAGGAGGGAGUGGGUGUGGCUAUUGAGGUAGUGUUCCAUGGUCACUACGGAGAGCCAGCGCUGAGUCUGCCAGUCAGAGUGGACCAGUCUCUGGAGAUGGUCAGCAUCUCCUUCAACCCUUUCCUCGCCCAGUGGACUGUGCAACGAGGGGACGACAGGGACGAACGAGAUCUAUCAGCGAAAAUGGACGCAGCAAAAAUUUGAACAAUGAUGAUAAAAACUUUUUUCCGUUUUUUAGAACAUGACAUGAUAUUAUUUUUAUGACAAUAUGAGAAAGAUUGAAAAUGAACGAGAUUUGUAAAAAUUGUCAAGAAGUUUUCUCAGAGUAAUCUUUAAGGAGAGAGCUGUCCAGAUGUGUGUUGAGGACUUUCGUCACUCGGGCCUUCUUCCUGGUCUUCUGGUUGGUGGUGGGAGCUCGUCUCUUGCGAGCCUCUCCCUGCAUGGACCCCAGGCCGAUGGACUGGAGGUGUUUGUCAAUAUCUGCCUCAGUGAGUCCAUCCACGCUCACUCUGUGCCACAGCCCACGAAACUCUUCCGCCAUUGGCAACUGGAGACUCUGGUCAUUGUAGAACACCACCUCUUCUUUGUCUGGACGACUUAUCUUCAUCACCAGACCUUCUUCCACCAACUUAGUCAUGGCCUUGUCUGGAUUAUGAACAGCCUCUCUGAUCUCGCUCACGGGGAUUCCCCCCAGCCCCUGUCUGUCGUUGUCCCUCAGUCUCUCGAGCAGCUGUCUCCGGUUCCUCACCCCCAGACCCAGCAUCGGCUGUGCGAGGGGAUGGCCCUGGUAGGUAAUCACUACGACCUACAUACCUUGAAGAG